AAUACUAAACAUAUUAAAAUAGCGUGUACCAAAAUAUAAAGUCACUGCGCACGCUAAAUAGUGACGUCACUGGCUUGAUGAAAUUUAAUUCGCGUGUACCUAACUUUUUUAUUUGCGUACACGUUAGCGUGUACCUAGACACAGCGAAAAAAAAAACAAAAUCAAUAAUUUUUUAGACAGCUCGGAAAUAAAAGGCCAACAAUGAAAAUAUUCAAGGAGAAGAAUAUUUGACAGAUUGUUGCAAAAUUAUAAUUGUUUGUAAACAUUAUACUAUACAUUUAAAUUGGGAUUUAAACAGGUUUUAAAUACCAAUGAAUUCCAUGGAUGAAGCAAAACAAUUUGCUGUAACCUGGAGUAAUCACAUGAACCAUGUAAAACAAGCUUUUGAUAAUUUGUUAAAUAACAGUGAUCUUACAGAUGUUACUUUAUAUGUAGAAGGAAAUAAAAUCGGCGCCCACAAAAUGUUACUUUCAGCUUGUAGCAAUUACUUCAACAACCUCUUCAAAGAUUUUCCCCAAGAACAUCCUAUCAUAGUACUAAAAGGAGUCAGAUGUAGGGUUUUAAAGGAUAUUCUGAAAUUUAUUUAUAGUGGAGAAGUUAGUGUGGAUAGCAGUCACUUUGAUAAUUUUUUACAAACAGCUGAGUUCUUAGAAAUAAGUGGACUAACAAAUAGGCAGAAUGUAGAAGAGUGUGAAAAUGUAGAUACGGAGUUAAUAAAUGGUUCUUCAUCAAAAUCAAAGAGAAUUCGCUCAAGGAAGAAAAAGAUCAAAAUGGAAGUUACAGAAGAGGGAGAAGCUGAUGAUGGUAAUGCAGAGUGGGAUGACCAAGAUUUAACUCCAGUUUUUACAGAAAAUCUAUGUGAUAUUCAAAUUACACAAGGUUCAGAUGAGAUUGAAGUUAAUGAUAUAGUAGUAAAAAAAGAAGAACUCUCAGAGGAGGAACUUUAUGCCAGUACUCAGCGUGAUCUAAGUUCAAGUCUCACCAAUGACAAUUUAACAUGCCCUGUGUGCUUUAAAGUAUUUACCCAUCCAUACAGUCUUCAUCAUCAUAAACCUGUUCAUCUGGGACGAACAAAAUGUGGUAUUUGCCAUGCUGUCCUCUCAAGAAAAUAUAAUUUAAAAAUGCACAUGAAGUCUAAGCAUAACAUAAUAGUUUGAGAUUAGUUGCUAUAAGGUAUUUUGAAAUUAUUGUUUAUUUUUGUUUUCAUGCAGUUAUUUAUUUGCGUAUAUACAUUCCAUGUUUAUUACACAUGGUAGAAAAUGCUGUUCAAAUAAGGUGAAAUGUGAAAAUUUUGAUGGAACAGCCAGUGCCGGUUUAACCUAACUUCGGGCCCUGGACGCUGGAGGUUUAGGGGCCCCCUUUAUUGCUAUUUGUUGUCAGUUUUUAACAAGAAAACACAUGCAUUAACUGUAAAGGUUUAUUGUAAAAUCCAUAAAAUAUUUUUUUUAAACAAGCAAGAAGAAUAGCAAACGUAAAAAAUAAUCCAAAAAAUACAUUUAAAAACAUAAAUAAAAAAGAGAAAGUUCCACAAAACAACACAUGACAAGCAAAAAAACAUUCUAAAAAAUACAUAAAGACAAAAAUUAGAUCACUUUUUUUCUUGACUUGGCAUUGGCAAACUGCCAUAUAAUAUUAUAACCAUUCAGUUUCUCCACUUCUUCAUUCUCUAGAUACAAUAGUGAUAAUGCAUCUAGGUUUUCUUGGCCCAAAUUUGACCUUAAAUAUGUUUUUAUUCUUUUUAAAGCCGAAAAAGACAGCUCGCCUGACGCAUUAGAAAUUGGUAUCGUCAAAAAUAUUUGCAGUAAAGUUAAAAUAUUAGGAAAAAUUGCUUUUACAUCCUGGAGGAAUCAAAUUUUUCAUAAAUUGUAUGAUGUUUAUUCAAAUUUUGGCAUAACGUUACAAAAAUGGUAAUUUCAUUAUGCAACUUCUCUUUGGUUUCAUCAACAUCGUUUUUAUGUUUCUCGCGUAAAGUAUUAAUUGGCGUCUUGACUUCUUCUUUAUCUCUAGAUUAAAAAAACAUAUAAAAGCUGAUGUUACAUCCUUGUAGCAUUCCAUUCGCGAUUCUGAAAACAGCGACUAAUUUUCUAGACUCUAGAUUUUCUGCGACAGCGAUUUUUUUGUCGCUGCGACUACAAAUCGCAAGUGGAGUGCUAGCCUUAGAGGCCACUGUAUAAUGCCAAAUUGCAAUUUUUGUAAUCGCUUUACUUUUGAAUGUUUGGAAGAGUGUGUACCUAUUGUUUGGGUAUUGGCAUUUAUGUAUAUCUAUUUUUGUCUUUCGUUUAACUAUUUUAAAAGGACUUAUUUUGUUCCUAUUUUAAAAGAACUUAUUUUAAAGCAGAAAAGUGAGAUAAAUUAUUAUUUAAGCCCCACAAUUCAAAAUGAAAUUAUUAGAAACUGAAAAAACUCCGUUUGUGCGAUUAUUUUGGAUACAAUUCGAGACAUGGCCAUUGAUUAAUAACCUACACAGUUUUUACCCACUACCUGGGUAGUUUUUAAUCAAUGACAUGGCGAAACCUGACAACUUUCUGUAGUUUUUGGAAAAGGGCCCCGCCACAAACACUGACACGGGGCCCCUGUGGGGCUAGGCUACGGCACUGUGUAUAGACGCGAAGAGAUGUACUAUACAGUAACAAUGGAACAAAGGUGUUUGCAGUGUAUUGGCGUAUCAGCAUAUGAGAUUUUUUUCGGAGAAUAUGAAAAUUAUUUAGCGACUUUAUUUUUUUAUAAUUAAAAGGAAAAAGAGCCCGAUCCCCUGGGCGCCCGCCCCAAGCGCCCAGUGGAUAAACCGGCACUGGGAACAACCUUCUUCCGUUCAGAUAUCUUUACAUUCACCCUUAACCCUCGUAAGGCGGUGCUUAGAUUCUUACGUAAACAACGGUGCGGGGUGCAUUUGCGCCUCAUCUGUAUAUCCAUUUUUUUAUAUGUGAACGUUGGGGAAAUUGAUAUUUGAAAGAUAGUUAGGACUUGUUUUUCAUAUUAUGAAACAUAAUUUUACAAACAAAGUAGGUACUCAUUUCUUCUUAAAAACAAUAUUAUCGCUGCAAGACAAACACAUGACAUUUUUCACAGUGUGAACAACACAAAGUUUUUACAUACAAUACAGUUAUGACGGGAUUUCCGGUCUUUUUUCUCUGACAUAACUAACACCGACAUUGUCCCAUAGCUCUGUUAGUUCCAGGUGGAACAGUAUGAAAUGAAUUUCAGUGGAUGAAAUUUUCAUCAUUUGCACCUUACAGUCAUUUUUCCAAAAAAAAACACGUAAACGCAAAGCAUGCGCUUAGAAUAUUGAAUUUAAUGCGAAUAAAAAAUGGACAAAACUCAAAAAAAUUUAUUAAAAAAGAUAGGUGAGAAAAACGAGGUAAGGGGUGCAGGAGCACCCCGCACCGCCUUACGAGGGUUAAUAAGAGACUCCAACUUUUUAUUUGAAAAUAUUCUUGAAGAAUAUAAAAUUGGCUUUCGACAAGAAAGGUUGAGGAUAGAAAAGGCCUGGCAACAAGAAAUAACGCCGAAAGAAUGAUGUGUCAGUAUUAUGCUGGGGCCACAGUAACGUCUAAUGUUAAUUAACGCAUUAUUUGCAUUACAGAGAGGGCAAAUAAUUCGUUAAUUAACGGCAUUGGACGUUACUGUGGCCCCAGCAUUACUGUACCAAUACAUACUAUAUUUAUACUACAUAUAAAAUAUUGGCUUACCAUACGCCGAAGAAAUAGUUGAUGACUACCAAUGUGGCUUCAGGCCUGGAAGAUCAACUAUUGAUCAAAUAUUUACUAUUAUACCGCAUUUCUACUCAGUCCUCUUGGACAGGGAAUUGGGCAGCGUGAAUGUGUUAAUAGCUCACUCGCGCUGCUGCUCGUCAUGCUACUGCCAUUGCACCUACAUACCCAAAGAGUCGGUUUUUGUGGCGGAAGUCAAAGGAGAGGCAGCGCGAAUACGAGUGGGCAUUUACAUUCAGCUACUCUCUCUCACUUGCCGCCGGCAAAGCGGCAAGUGAGUAAGGGAGCAAGACGAUGCUGUUGUCACAUUCCUUUCUUGUGAGUCGUUUGGUAAUGAGUUGUGAAGACAUUGGCGAGGAACUGAUGUGAACACCUCACUCGCGUCGAAAUCAUAUUUCGGGCAAUAUUUCCGUCAACGGCAGCAGCAGUGGCAAUAGCUGAGUAUUAGACAUUAGACAAAUGCUUAAAAAGUAUUGGGAGUGUAAAUAAAGACGUACAUCAACAAUGUGGAAUGCAAUGGUUGAGCUGGGCAUACCUCAGAAACUAGCUGCAGUAAUGCAACUGUGUGUAAUGAACUCCUUUGCCUAAGCUGCAUUAAAUAUCAGUCUAAAAGUAAAUGAAGACAAACCAAAUACAUAGUUGUUUCAAAAUAAGAACGACGGCGAAUAAGGAAAAAUAUUACUACUAAACGAUCAAAACUUCGAAGUGGGUAAAGAGUUUAAAUAUCUAGGAGCAACAAUCACCAAUGACAACAAAGUAGAGCGCGAAGAAUAGCGGGAAACAGAUCUCUCUUUACAAUGAAACAUCUAAUGAUAUCAAAACUACUCUAACGAGGUGCAAAAUUCCAGAUAUACAACACCAUAAUACGACCAGCAGUCACGUAUGGAAGUGGAACAUAGCCGCUAACCAAAAAAAGUAAAUAAAUUGCUGGUUUGUUAAAUAUGAAUGCCAAUUGAAAAUAUGGAUAUGAAUAUAAAGUUCUACCUAAAUUCAUGUCUUGUUUCUUUAAUAUUUAUGAUACUUACUUUACAAAAUAACUUUAUGUAGUCUCUCGUGGAGUAUUAGAGCAUGGUGACAAAUUGUUAACAGCUUUGCUGCUUACCAUGUUUAAAUUAUUAUCGUUGAUUAUUUUUUAAUGUAAACGGUUUAUGUCUGUGAAUAAUUUAUUUAAAACAUACCAAAGUACUUUUGUGAUAUUUUUUUUAUUUAUUUAUUUAUUUGUAUAUAAAAUUUUGAUAUUGGUUUUGUACAUAGUCAUAAUAAUUAUUAUGUACAUAGCUUUAAUUCAGAUUGUGAACUUCAUUUGUAUUUGCUGUAGUAAAGGAAUAAUAACGUUUCAAUUUUGAAUAAAUGUUAAAAUAUUAGUUUUUUAUUUAUGAAAGUGAAUCAGUCAUUUUUAAAAACAACAUAUAUCCACAUUCUCUCAAAAAUAAGUUUAUAUCAUUUUCAUGGAGUUUCUACCAGUCUUUACUAUUUUGUGAAAAAAAUCGCACUAAUCCAACUCUCGAAGAACUUGCAUAUUAUAUAAAUAAGUACCAAACUGCAAUAAUUGUCCCCUUAAAUAAUAUAUUGCAUUUAAAACAGUUUUUCGUAAAAGUACUUCAGUGGAUAUAUUAUGUUGUUUUUAAAACGA